AACCAGAGAAUAAAUCACUCACAGACCGCUCAGACGCUGUCUACCCCUGCCGUGUCCAUCGCUGCUCCAGCUCUCCCCGGUCAGGUGAUGGGCGGGUAUCCAUCCACUCUCUCCUCUUCUUAUGGCACAGAGUUCUCCCUCAGCAACGACCUGUCCUCGCUGUCCGGGUUUGGAGGUUCUGGUCUUGGAUCAGUACCGAGCUGGCAGCAACAGCAGAUCCAGAACCUGCAGCACUCGGCACUUGGACACAUGGGGAACUUGUGUCAGACCUCGAACCUGAACCUGUCCUCCGGUCAUCACCCGAACCUCCACAUCAAAUCGGAGCCGGCCUCGCCGCCCAGAGACAGGAGCGUCGCCAUGAUCGGCACGGGGCUCGGAGGAGGCGUGGCCACAGCUGGGUACUCCGGGGGCCGGGGGCCCAACGAGGCGGGCCGUUCCCCCGGCGACAGCGCGUCCAGCUGCGGGAGCUCGUACGAAGGCAGCGAGGAGCGCGACGAUCACCACGGGAACUUCCUCCUGCAGCCUCUGUCCAAUCAGGAGGGGCGCCAAAGCCCGUCAGUCAAACGCAUGAGGCUAUCGGAGGGGUGGGCCACAUGAUGGGAGGCGGUCUGCAGGCAGAGGGGAGGAGGGGGCGUUAGUAAAGUUACCUUAUAGUGUUAUUAUUAUUAUUAUUAUCAUAUUCUUCUUGUACUGAGUGGGUGUGCUUUAUGUGUAAUGGUAACAUGUACGCGAGGGGGGCAGUUUUAUAUGAAUACAGUGACGCUCUGCUGUAUUUACAUGUACUGUAGCUAGACGUGUACACGACAGGAAAUACUUCUACUGCAUCAGACGAGUAUUUAUCAAACUGCUGGAAAGGAAACUAAAAGUAACACCUCCAGUAUUUAGAGCGCUGUUUUAUACGAUUGUCUGAAACGUCCGAUUUAACAGAAGCUUUUCUAAAAAAGUUACAAUGCAAUUGCAAUAUUUCUAAGCUUUUUUUCUCAUCUUUUUUUUAAUGCAAUUACACACGAUCACAUCAUGAUAGCAUGCACACUGAUGCAGAUCAUCGGCAAAAUAUCAAAUAUUGGCCGCGAUAAGAUGA